CCAUGGCUUUAGUAACAAGUAGCGUAAGAGACCCUAAAUGGGAAGAGGUGUUGAAGCCCAGACUACUAGCUGUGGCCGAGACGUUGAGUCCACUUCGGAAUCGACUUCCGGCACGACUUUUUACUAGGGGCCUCAUUAAUGACGACGAAUAUGAGCGUUUCAGCAAGUCAGCCAAGACAGAAACGGACGUGGCUCUGGACAUUCUAGCUGUACUUGCUAAACAAAGUUCCGGAUGGUUUGACAAAUUUUGCGACGUUCUUUUGGAAACUAAAGAUAAGACACUAGAUGAUUUGGAGAAGAGUCUUCGACCACAUCGUCUAGUCGGCACCUCAAAUGAUACUCAUUGCAUGCGACAGUUUCCUGAAAUGAUGAUUGGCGACGGUCGUCUCAUUUCUAAGAAGGAUGACAGUUUUCUCACAGUUGAGCUGGAAAGGCUUUCUUCAGAAAAGGAAUGCUUUUUGGCGUUUUUAUCCGAGAAAGCUAUUGUGUUGCAACAACUACAAACAUGUCUUCAGUCUGCCAUCAAUGCCUUGAUAUCUGACCAAGUGUUUACUAGGGAAGCUGUUGCAAAAGUUAGUAACAUUUUGGAAGAACUGGACGAUCCAGAAUUAGCAUCAGAAACUCUUUACGACAUGGUGACCGACAAAGCUCGAAGCGACCUUCGCAUCGUAGUGAAGUUUUUGAAGUCUGUUGGCAAAGUGAACUCGACCAUUUGCAACCUUUUGCGUUCAUCUUCACGAUUAACCUGGCAAAAGCUGAAAGAAAACCGAAGUGGCAUUGUAGAGAUUAAUAUUUCUGUCAUUGAUGCAUGUGUUGAGAAGGGCAUCAUUACACAGAAACAGCACGAGGCUCUCAUGGCAGCCAAACAACUGAGAAAGUCUGAAUUUGUCGCUAACGGAUUUUUUCGUAUGUUGGAAAAGUUGUCUGAACACGAUGAAGGGUCCCAGCUGGCAGAAUUUGAGAAGAUACUCAAGGACAAGCAGCCAGAGGUACUAAAGAUAUUGCUGAAAGCCGAUUUUGAAGCUCAUACUCAUGCCCGUCACACCAUCCGUAGUCCGUUACCAGUAGUUCCAGUUUGGGCAAAUCAAGGGAACAAUAGGGACAAUAAGUCUUAUCAGUUGCCCGUUGCUGUGUCGACUGCAGGUAGCAUGGGUAGUUCAUCGAUAGACUCUGGGCAAGUUGCUAUUGCUUUGACGAGUUCUUCAGCUCAAUCUUUUGCUGCUUGCGGUAAGAGACUUAUUGAUCUAUUGUACCAAAGUUUCUAUACGAGAGAUUUCUGUACAGAUUCUAACUCUACGAAUAAUUCUCAGACACUUGAUCUGUUUGGUAAUACAGAUGAUUCUUAUUUGAUGAGCGAGAAGCGAAAAUUUCACGAAAUGAUGAUUGGUGACGGUCGUCCGAAUUCUACAAACGAUGACAGUCUUCUCACAGUCGAGCUGGAACAUCUCUCUCCAGACAAGGUAAUCGAUAUCUAUCGUAAAUGUGGCGGCAAGGGGUUUGUUGCCCAUCUCAAGUCCUAUCUAGUGGAUUUGUUGAAACGAAGAGAAAACUUUCAAUCAGUUGUAGAUGUGUUUGUUUCCGCCUGGGCAAAACAAACGAGGGCAGGCGAAACUGCUGCACUUCCUCGUUUGCUGUUGGAGCUAACGCUCAAAGAUAUUUUUAUUGCUUUGUUAGAGGUAAUGGCUGAUGCAGUUCACAGUCGCCUCGUGUCUCUUUAUUCAAAUCUGUAUUGCGCUGUUCCGGUCGCUUACGUUCUUCAGCAUCCUGAAGGCGGUUCUCGAACAGUCACAAACUUUCCAUCUCUUCAAGAUGUUCUUGCAGUCCCAAGUUAUCCACUCGUCGUAUCAUGUGGUACAGCAAACUCUGUACGGAAAGGAAAAUCGACAUUGACGGGAAAGUUGAUAGGACAACUAGAGACUACGUCGUUAGGUUUUGAUUCGUUUGAUGUGUGCUCAGACGAAGGUGAUGGCAGUUUAUGUCACUCCCCUUCUAUUGAUCUUUUACUUGAGGUCAAAUCUAACGUUCCUUUCGGUCUCAACUUUGCCGAUGUUCACGGGUUUACGAAUGAGAAAGCGUUUUGUUAUGCUUUGUCCACUCUUUGCUCGGUCGCAGCUCUAGUACUUGUUCACGUGACUGCUAAUGACUUUGGUUCUCGAGGUUAUCUUGGUGACAGUUUGCGAUCGUUUUUACUAAACAGUUGUAAUCUUUACUGCAGCAACGCAAAGAUUGCCAUUUUCGUUCGUGAUAUUCCCAGCAGUGCAGAAAUGUCCCCUAACAUUCCACGAUUGCCAUCAAUUAAUCAAUCGCUAGGAGAGAUUUUUCCUAAUAGAAUAGCACGAGUUGUGUUCGUCGAAGAUCUUGCCAAAUGUCGUACUGAUAAGCAGCGACAGAUGACUGUUAUACGUAUUAGAGAUGAGAUGGCACCGAUAUUUGAGAAUCUUCAACAACGAUUACCUUGCUCCGAAGUUAUUCACAAUCGGUUUGAGUCUUUCUGCUCUGGACAAGCCGAAGUCUUAGGCUCUCUUCUACCAAGAACUCAGUGUGCCAGACGAUUAAACGGAUUUUCUUCGUUAGGGAGAAAAACAUUUGAGGCUCUUGAAAUAAGUAAUCCGAAGAAAGGCGAGCUUGCUAACCGUCUCUUUCCUCUAACAGCAAUCUGCGCCUCUAAGGCUAAGAACCGUGACCGGGAAAAAGAACUUCAUAUAAUUGGAGUUAAAGGGAAUAGAGGUGAGACUCACGUAGAAUUAGCAAAACUAAGACAAGAGAUGAAAGAGUUGAAGACGCGAAAGCAAAAGACUUGCUCGAUAUCUCGUCCAGUCGAACUAUUCAUUAGUCUUGUUUCAGACAAAAAGCGUCACCAAUUGGCAGAAUUUCAACAUUACUUGGAGGUGUGGAAAGCGCAAUAUAUCGAACCUCUCUUUCACGAGAGACGACAUCUAAUGGACCGACUGGAAUCAGCUCGAUGGUCAUAUCAACCGGAAAGUGAAGAGCAAAGUCAAGAAAGAACAGAUGUCAUACGCGAGCUAGAGGAAGUCUCGUUUCGCAUUGACCAGUUUGAUAUAUCGAUAGACUCUUUCUGGAGUGAGUUGAUGGAACUUUGUGCUUUACUAGAAGAUGAUACGAUAAUAAAUGAUCAUUUGAGAAAACUCCGUCUAGACCCCCGGGUAAUUAAGCAAGUUUACACGCAAUGUGUAUUGGAAGGUUAUCCUAUGCAAUUACUUCGAGGAAAUCCGUUACAGAUGACUGCAAAGAAGUUUAUAGAAGAUAUAAUGAGACAACUAGGAGUUGACUCGAAGAACAGAAGUAACUUGCUUGUUGUAUCAGUUGUAGGAGCGCAGAAAUCUGGCAAAUCUACAUUGCUCAAUUACUUGUUUGGUUGUGGGUUUGCUACAAGAGCGGGAAGAUGCACGAAGGGUUUGUAUGCUUCAUUCGCACGCAUAUCGGACGGAAGAUAUCUUUUAGUUCUUGAUUCGAAAGGGCUUUUGUCUUUGGAAGGAGGUGGUCACGUGUUUGACAAUCAAAUUACGGUGAUGGCUAUGGCUUAUUAA